AUGGAUCGAGCUGGUGGAGAUGUGAGCAAUGUAAAAGCAUUGCCAAAAAAGUAUAGACUUAAUCGGAAAAAAGACAACAGCACUGUGCCAGAACGAGAAGAGGACUUCACCGAUGGAGGUUCAGCUGUUAUCAGCGAGAUGUUUCCGGACGCCAAGGAAUGGUAUGAAGGUGAAUACGAAGAAGAAUGCGUUUACGACGAAUACAAAAGAUACCAUAAUAAGAAAUCGCUAGUGGACGAAGAUGCUUUGCCCAAAUGUGUUCUGACAGUUGAAGAAGCCGGCAAGUGUCUUACUAGGAUUGGUCAAGUGGCCGGAUCGUUCGAUUAUGCCUUUCUUCAAAUCGAUGCCGUUUGCAGAGAACUCACCAACAUUGAAGUAAUACCGUCGUUUAAGUUUUUGUCGUUCGUAAACGUGUCGUGCAACUAUUUGGAUUUGGAAGCGUUGGACGUACUCAAAGGUUUAGAAAACGCGUUGAUCAUAUACGCUGACCACAAUUCAGUCGAAUCGCUUCAUUUGACUUCUAUGCCUUAUUUAAAGGUUUUGACCCUAAAUUUUAACAGGGUGUCGUCGCUUUCUGGUCUCAAGCAACCGUCGUUGGAGUGUCUGUCGUUGAACGAAAAUCACAUAACCACCAUAGUUAAGAAACCAGAGGAUGAUACAAGUUUCAAGGAAGGUUAUUUCAAUGGAAUUGAUUGCCCCAAACUCAUAGCGCUAUCGAUUUGUAAGAAUACCUUAACGUCAAUGGAAAACAUUUCGUUAGUGUCGACCAAGUUACGCAUAUUGUACUUGAGGAGCAAUAAGAUUGUUACUCUAAAGGGCAUAGAAGGAUUAGUGAACUUGAAACGAUUGCAUCUUCGGUGUAACUGCAUAUCGAAUUUGAACGGCUUUACCGAUAAGAUGAAAAAUUUGACAUAUUUAAACAUCAGAGAGAACCUUAUAGCCAAUGUGCAUGAAAUAAAAAAGUUGAAAUGCCUGGAAUCGUUGGAAACAUUGGUGGUGAAAUCUAACGGUUUCAACGACGACGACCAGAAACCGGGAAUCAGGUUGGACGUGAUAAGAAUACUACCGUGGUUGAAACGCCUUGACAAAGAAAUGGUGACCGAAUCCGAAGUGAUGGAAGUCACUUAUAUGGACAAGAGUUCGGAAGAAGAGUAUAACGAGCAGGCGGAAGACGAAGAAGAGUACCUUCUUAACUUAGCACAGUAG